GAUUUGAUAGAGCUCAAAUUGUCGUACGAACCGUGGAAGAAGACGGUCAAACAACAACUAUCCAGGAACCUAUGUACAACGAAAUUCAAAUGUUUCUGGACGUUCGCUAUGUUAGCGCGCCUGAGGCGAUGUGGAGGAUUUAUACAUUCGAAAUGCACGAUAUGUCUCAUGCUAUUAUUAAACUCUUUGUACAUCUUCCGAAUAUGCAACAAGUCUAUUUUAAUACAAAUAGUACCAUUCCUGACGUCGUAGAAAGGGCCGCAACACAACACACUACGUUAACAGGAUGGUUCGCCUUAAAUACCCAAGAUGAAGAAGCUAGACAAUACACAUACGUACAGAUACCUUAUAACUAUGUGUGGAAAAUAACACAAACAAGAAUCUGGGUAGAACGUCAACGUCAUUUUAAUCGUAUAAUUCCUAGAUAUUUUGUACAUCCUAGAGAAGAUUAUAUACGACGCUUAAAUGAUAACGACCUAGCCUACAACUAUGCCUUGGCUUACAUCAAUCGAUACCUAGCACUACAAGGCAAAUCAAACAGAGACUUUCAACUGCUCUUACCCACUGAACCAGUAGAACACCUAAUCGAAGAUGAAUACGAUUAUGAUCAAUCAGAAGAACAAGAAAUUGCUAAUAGGAACAUUCCCCUUUUAAACCAAGAGCAACGACGUAUUUUUACCGAUAUACUUUUAGCCGUAAACGAAAAUGAAAGAGUUUCACAUCGUCUUUUCUUUAUUAAGGGAAUUGGAGGUGCAGGAAAAACAUUUCUAUUGAAUACACUACUGACUUACCUACUAGGAAAUAAUCACCGUUACAUUGCUAUCUGUUAUACAGGUAUCCCAGCCAGCUUACUGAAAAUGGCCAAACGAUUCAUCCUGCUUUUAUGUUACCGGUUCCAUUUCUAGAAAAUUCAACGUCAAGGAUUCGCAAUCAGAGUGCGAUUGCUGAUAAUAUUAGAUAUUCAAAAAUUAUUGUCAUUGAUGAAAUAUCGAUGGUACAUAAAAGUAUAUUUAAUGAAAUAGGUAGGAAGAUAAGAGAAAUAAUGAACAAUGACAUUCCACUUGGCGGCAAGAUUAUUAUAAUUCUAGGCGAUUUCAGGCAUGCGCACCUAUCGUUCCAUUGGCCGGCAAAAAUGAAACUAUUUCUGCAUCAGUGAAAUGUUCCCAACUAUGGCAACACUUUGUUAAGUACGAUCUUCUUACGAACGUUAGAGCACUGCCACAGCAAAACGAAUUCAAAGAUUGGCUCAUGACCAUAGGAAAUAAUUCCGAAAUUUUACGUCACUUAGAAAAUGGCAGAGAUACUAUAGUCAAAGUUCCUAACCAUAUUAUUGUAGAAAAUGUUACUGAAAGCAUUUACGGUAGCAAUUUAAUUGAACGAUUCCACACUAUUACAAAAAGCGAUUUGUUCCGUUAAACAUUCAUGUGAAGGAUAUCAAUGCAGUUGUUUUAGAAAAACUGCCAGGCAGAUCACGACAAUAUAUAGUGUUGAUAGUAUUAUCCGAGAAGACGAUACAACUGAAAAUGCUGCUGAUGAUUUAGAUUCCGCAUGUCCACAAGACUUUUUAAAUUCUUUGGAUGCUCCAAGACUUCCUCCCCACAUUCUUACACUAAAGAUUGGUGCAGUUAUCAUUUUAACGAAGAAUUUAGAUCUAAAGAGAGGUUUAUGUAACGGCACA